UAUACCCUUCUGUUGUGUUUUGUCGGUUUGUCCUCGGUUAGGGAAGAUGCAGGCUGCACGCCUUGUCUGCAGUUUGCAGCGGACUGUCCGUGGACAGGUGCUGAGAUUUGCACCACUCAGAUGCAUUCACCAAUCCAAAAUGGUAUCUUUCGACUCUGCCAACAAAGCUGGUCGUUGCGAAGGUUUUCUACAGGGUGAUCCGAGUCAGACAAAAGCAGGACUGGUUGUUUUGCACGAAUGGUGGGGUCUCAAUGACCAAAUUCAAGAAGCGGCCGCAGAAAUGGUGCUCGAGGGUAACCUCAUGACGCUGAUUCCCGACUUGUACCGAGGCGAAAUAGCCAGUGACAUGAUAACCGCCGCUGACCUGAUGACGUCACUCGAUUGGCACGGCGCCAUGGAUGACGCGGUAGCUGCCGUCAAGUACCUCCUCUCAAACGGCUGUUCGAAAGUAGGUAUCACCGGGUUUUCAAUGGGAGGGGCGUUGUCCCUGGCAACCGCUGCAGUAUCUCGCGAAAUUUCGGCAGCCUCAUCAUUUUACGGGAUCCCUAUUCUCAGCCUCGCAGAUCUGUCGGCAAUAACAGUUCCUGUUCAAUGUCAUUUCGGUGAGCUGGACGAAAUUGCAGGAUUUUCCUCUUUAAAGGACGUUGAAAUUUUGAGAAGAAUUCUUAAAGCCGGUGAAGUACCUAACGACAUUUUUCUGUACCCGGUCGGCCAUGCCUUUACAAACCCGAACAGUGACACCUACGUCGAGUCUAUUAGUCAACUGGCCUUGCACCGGCUUGUGACUUUCAUGAAAAAACACUUGGCCACGUGACAGGAUAGGUCGUCACAGUAAUAAAUACUAAUAAAGACCUACAUGUGUACAUGUACAUGCAAAUAAAUAUGUGCGUU